CAAGGUGCACACUUGGAGCAUUUCAUAGUUCCCACACUACCAAUCAAGGCAAUCAUCUGCUUCAGCUCUCAACUCCCCGCGAACUUCUCAAGUAUCCCGGCGAAGGAGAAGACAAUACCGACAAUAUGCCGGAAAGUCGCUUCUUAGAAGCCGUCAUCCCGCAACAGAAGCUACACGACGGAACACUCUUCCCCGCCGUCUUAUCGCCGAACCCAGACGCAUCAUCUCCGAGCUUCCCGGUUGCGAUUAAGGAGCAAAAGCCAUUUCUCGACUCUCUUCUCCAUCGAUCUGGGGCUAUUCUCUUCAAAGGGUUUCCGGUCGAUUCGGCAUCGGACUUCAACGACGUCGUCGAGGCAUUCGGAUACCAGGAACUGCCGUACGUUGGCGGCGCCGCUCCUCGGACAAACGUCGUUGGCCGCGUUUUCACCGCGAACGAAUCCCCUCCCGAUCAGAAGAUCCCUUUUCACCACGAAAUGGCCCAGGUUCCAGAGUAUCCAUCAAAGUUGUUUUUUUACUGUGAAGUAGAACCUGGGAGUGGAGGGGAAACCCCAAUAGUACUUAGCCAUGUAGUGUAUGAGAAGAUGAAGAGCAAAUACCCCGAGUUCGUAGGAAGAUUGGAGGAGAAGGGAUUGAUCUACACUCGGGUGUUGGGGGAAGAAGACAAUCCUCUAUCCCCGAUUGGUCGAGGAUGGAAAUCCACAUUCUUGACCUCCCACAAGAGUGUUGCUGAAGAAAGGGCUCUGAAGUUGGGGAUGAAGCUGGAGUGGCUGGAAGAUGGAGUGAAAACAGUUAUGGGUCCAAUACCGGGUGUUAAGUUCGACGAAACGAGGCAGAGAAAAACAUGGUUCAACAGCAUGGUGGCUGCAUACACAGGCUGGGAAGAUGCACGAAACGAUCCAAAGAAGGCGGUCACUUUCGGGGAUGGGAGCCCAUUGCCUGCUGAAAUCGUAUACGACUGCCUCACAAUCUUGGAGGAAGAAAGUGUUGCGGUUCCGUGGAAGAAAGGGGAUGUUCUGCUCAUCGACAACUUGGCUGUACUUCACUCUCGAAGACCCUUUGACCCACCUCGCCGUGUUCUGGCUUCUCUCUGCAGGUGAAGCAUGUUUUAUGUAAGAUGGAUGAUGUGUGGGUUUGCAUUGUAUUUGAGAUUUAGCUAUGUGCGUUUGAAUAAGUGAGGUGAAAACACAUUCCCUUUGCAGUGUCUUCAUACUCUGUACCGAUGCAAUCAUGUAGCUCAGAAAGGUAAGGGUGUUUCUUCAGUGUAAAUAUAUACUCCGUAUUGAGUUUGCACACACAUGUUACAAGAGUGGCUCAAACUCUCUCUACACACACAUGUUCCAAGAGACUCAAGCU